AUGAUUACUAAUCUCUUGGAAGCGGAGGUUCGUUGCGUGGAUAGUCUUGGAAGGUCCUGGAAGGUUCUGGACACUGGCGUUGUUGAAUCUCAGCAUGAGAUUCCAGAACAUUCCAAUAGUCGGGGAUUCGUGGUCAGGGGCAAAGUUCAAAGUACGUGGUUCAUGACAGUUUGUAUGUAUUUAAAAAAUCGUCAAGUACUGGUUCUUGGCAUAAAAUUACCUACCAUGCCGAUUGGUGAAAUGUUUAAUAACUUACUCCGUACUCGCUGGUAUUUAAGCACGUCUUCCUGUUUUCCAUCCGAAAAAGUAUGGAAGUACCAAGUUAAUAUCAAUUAUGUCGUGAAAACUUAUUACAUCAUUUUAGUACGAGCUUUGACUAUUUUUGUGGAAAAAUGUCAAAUUUCAUUCGGUGAACAACUCUGUUUGUGGAAGCAAAAAAAACCGUCGAUGCUCUCAAUGAUUAGUCUCGAUUAUCUUUCGAACCGGAUUCUUACAUGUUGGUAA